UAUAUCCUUCCGCGAAAGUUUAACGCCAUCUCGUGGUCAGAACAGUAGAAAUACUUGGAUGAAAUACUUUGCACGGACAAGGUGGCAGCAAGAUGAUUCCGCUGAGGAUCAGUUGGUUUUCCUGGUGUUGUUUGAUUGAUGAAAGACAGAAAUGGGCUUCCAAAAGAACUACUGCUGUCAUACACUGCCAGAAAACAUUAUGCAUCAGAUCCAGUUCGGAUGUGUCUUUCCUUGGUUUUGGCCCGAUGACCUUGACGAUGUGAAACAGUUCAUCAGCAGGCUCUAGGAGGCUGAAAUGGCCACUCCUCAAGGGUGUUGGGGUCCCUCUCUUCAACUCCUCUUCUUCUUUCAUCUGUUACUCAAUGUAGUGCCUCCCUGCCGGGGACGUCCAUUCUUUGGUCCUCCCUCGGUCAACGUGGCUGUGGUUUUCAGUGGUUUGGCUCACCACAGUGAGAUCAAAGGCCGUCUGAGUCCAGAAAACUUCCUAGACAUGCCCCUGGAAGUGAACCCCAUCACCGUGCUGGUGAAUGACACUAACCCCAGGGCUUUACUCACACGUCUCUGUCAGACUAUGGCAGCAGAGAGCCUCCACGGAGUGGUGUUUGAAGAUGACGUGGACUCAGAAGCUGUGGCACAAAUCUUAGACUUUAUCUCCUCUCAGACGUCCAUCCCCAUCGUAGGCAUCAGUGGAGGUUCUGCAGUUGUUAUUCCACAUAAAGCUGAAGGCUCUACCUUUCUCCAGAUGGGAGCUUCUAUAGAGCAGCAAAUAAAUGCAAUGUUCAAAGUGAUGGAGGAGUACAACUGGGGUAACUUUGUGGUGAUCACCAGUUUGUAUCCCGGCUACGAGACCUUUGUGGACUACAUUCGCUCCUUCACGGACACCAGCUACUUCCUGUGGGAGCUGCAGGAUGUGCUGAGCUUUGAGAUGUCCGUGGGGGCCAAUGACAUCCGCACACGUAGACUUCUACAGCAGGUGGACUCGCAGGUAUAUCUAGUGUACUGUUCCCAUGAGGAGGCGCAGUACUUGUUCAGGAUGGCCUCUGAUGUGGGGCUUCUGGGGCCUGGAUACAUCUGGGUCGUCCCCAGUCUGGCUGUGGGGAACCCUGAAGUGUCCCCUCCUGACAGUUUCCCAGUGGGCGUCAUCAGUAUUAUCACAGACCGCUGGAGGAAAACACUGCGCCAGAGGGUUCGGGAAGGAGUGGCAGUCAUAGUAAAAGGGGUGUACAGUUUCCACAAGUACAGAGGAUUCAUUCCCGAGGGUCACAGUGACUGCAAUAGUCCUGCCAAAACAUAUGCCAACAAUUCUCUCUUCAGGCAUAUGCUGAAUGUGUCAUGGGAGCAUAAGGACCUCUCCUUCAACACUGAUGGCUAUCUCACUAAUCCUUCCAUGGUGAUCAUUGCUUUGGAUCGAGAAAGACACUGGGACAAGGUAGGAAACUUCGAGGGAGGGAUUUUGCAGAUGCGCUACCCUGUAUGGCCCCGUUAUGGCAGCUUUCUGGAGCCCGUGUCAGACAACCGCCACCUGACCGUGGCCACGCUGGAGGAGAGGCCUUUUGUCAUCGUGGAGAGUGUUGAUCCUGCCACGGGCACCUGUGUUCGCAAUACUGUGCCGUGUCGUCGGCAGUCCAACCGGACUGAAAGUGUAACCGGUCACAAUGAGCCUUACACCAAACUCUGCUGCAAAGGCUUCUGCAUAGACAUCCUAAAGAAGCUCUCACGCACCAUCAAGUUUUCAUAUGACCUUUAUCUGGUAACCAAUGGGAAACAUGGCAAGAUGGUCCGUGGCGUCUGGAAUGGGAUGAUUGGAGAGGUCUUCUACAAGCGUGCAGAUAUGGCAAUUGGCUCUCUUACCAUCAAUGAGGAGCGGUCAGAGAUUGUUGACUUUUCAGUGCCAUUUGUGGAGACUGGGAUUAGUGUUAUGGUGGCCAGAAGCAAUGGAACAGUCUCACCUUCUGCCUUCCUGGAGCCUUACAGUCCAGCCGUGUGGGUUAUGAUGUUCGUAAUGUGCCUGACUGUUGUGGCAGUCACCGUGUUCGUCUUUGAGUACUUCAGCCCUGUUGGGUACAACCGGAGCCUUGUUAGUGCCAAAGCCCCUGGGGGUCCAACCUUCACCAUUGGGAAGUCCGUCUGGCUCCUGUGGGGAAUCGUCUUCAACAACUCUGUUCCGAUUGAAAACCCCAAAGGCACGACCAGCAAAAUUAUGGUCCUGGUUUGGGCUUUCUUUGCUGUCAUCUUCCUCGCCAGCUACACAGCCAAUUUAGCUGCCUUCAUGAUCCAAGAGCAGUACAUUGACACCGUGUCUGGACUUAGUGACAAAAAGUUUCAAAAACCCCAGGAACAUUAUCCUCCUUUUCGCUUCGGGACAGUCCCAAACGGCAGCACCGAGAGGAACAUUCGAAGCAAUUACCCCGACAUGCACACCCACAUGAUAAAGUACAACCAGAAGGGAGUGGAAGAAGCUCUCAACAGCCUUAAGACAGGGAAGUUGGAUGCCUUCAUAUAUGAUGCAGCAGUUCUUAAUUAUAUGGCUGGCAAGGACGAGGGCUGCAAGCUGGUCACCAUUGGUAGUGGGAAGGUGUUUGCUACCACAGGCUACGGCAUUGCUCUGCAGAAGGACUCCCGCUGGAAGCGCCCCAUAGACCUGGCUCUACUCCAGUUCCUGGGAGAUGGGGACACACAGAGACUGGAAACAGUAUGGCUGUCUGGAAUAUGUCAGAAUGAGAAAAACGAGGUCAUGAGCUCUAAACUAGACAUAGACAACAUGGCAGGUGUUUUCUACAUGUUGCUCGUGGCCAUGGGCCUCAGCCUGCUGGUCUUUGCUUGGGAACAUCUACUUUACUGGAAACUGAGGCACUCUGUCCACAAGUCUGAUCACUUAGACUUUCUACUGGCCAUCAGCAGGGGCAUAUACAGCUGCUUUAAUGGCGUUGAAGACAUUGGCAGAUCUACCAGCAUACAGAAUCCAGAUAUCACCGCCAAUUAUGCCCAGGCCAACAUGCUGAAAAUGCUGCAGACAGCCAAGGACAUUGUCUCCUCAGCCAAAGUGGAGAACUCAUUGGAUAACGCCACCAAGACCAUUGAGAACUGGAGCAGACACAGCGGCAGCCUCCCAGCACGUAUCCCACUGGUGACCACAACUGAAAAGGUCCCUGGUCACUUCUCAUAUUUUACUAACAUCACGGAGAACCACAUACCUCACAUGCAGCGUUCCAUAACUCCACCUUUCACGCAACACACCAAAACCACUAGCCCACAAUCGAUGGUAAACCACAGAGUCUUAACACGGCCCACUCCUCUUCGCUACACACUUCCCGCCAGGACCAGAGGCCUCUACGACGGUAUGCUUCCUGUAUCCAGUCUGAGUACACCUCAUCUAGCCAUGCAUGAUCCUCCACCCGACCUGGCCCAUCCUGGUUCUUCCUUUGUUCCAUAUAGAGACAUCUACACCGAACACCACAAGUCUUGUCACAAUGAUUUCUCAGAUGCCGUCAGGAGGAAAAAGAGACCCCAAAAUCUCUUGGUGGAGUCCAUGGAUCUCAGGGGGCUUCACGAUUAUAACCAAUCAACGUGUCAUACCGAAGCAAACAGUUUUGCUGAAAACCAUCUAUCCUCGUCCUACGGUGAAAAUCCGUUCGUAGUGGCGGACACAGCUUGUAAUUCCUGUGUCAAAACGCACUUUGACCCUGCAUUCGAUGACAUACCGUUAAUAGGGAAAAGGAAGCUUCAUCGCAGACCGUCGUUCCUGAAAGCCACUUGGGGCCCCGACAGAGUCCGGUUCCCGGGUGACAGACCCGGUGCCGCAGCCUCCUCACGAGUAGCUAUACCUGACCUGUUCCCAUGUGUGGACGUACAUGGACGGGUGAGGAACACCAUGUGUUACGCCCAACCGAUGGAUCACACCUACCUUCACGCCUUCCGGCGAAACACUAGGAAAAGUCAGAAGCUGAGACACAGCCAGUCCACCAGGCUUCCCACCUACAAGGAGGCCAUUUUCCACAACGUGGCAGCUGUCAGGAGGGCGUCCAGCUUGGUGCAUAGACCCUACUCCUACCCAGAGCUGCCAGUCUACCAGAGCCCGCUGUCAUAUGGACCAGCUGAAUUAUGCAACAUCUUCCCCUGUAUGGGACAUCCCAGUGACAGUGUAUAUGGAGGGUAUAGGGCACCCACACACCUACAGGAUGACCAUCUAGUGCCUGUUCCAGGCAGCAGGGUGGUUCAUAGCAGCCCUGUUGUGCCCAUGACAUGGGGCAGAAUUUCCAGUUUGGAAUCAGAAGUGUGAACUUGUCCUUCCAUGUGCCAAAUAUGAACUAUUUGGCCCACAAGCUUCUACUGACCAAUAAAAUUACUUCGCCUUUAACACGAGCAGAAACACAAACCAUGUUACUGGGUUUCAUUUGUUUUGGUUUUGUUACACUUAUUUAAAAUUAAUUUAAUUUUUUAUUAAUUUUUUUAAAGUGCAAUAAUGUAAUAAUUGAGGGACGUAUUUAAGGAAACCGUCAAAUGCCAUCCUAAAUUUUGAAUGAAUGAAUGAAUUAAUGGACAUGUAGAACUGUAAAUGAUUAGCCGUUCUUAUCUCUUUAGUCCACAAAAUGCAAUAUAUUGCUAUAUGUAUUGGACUGGAUGAAAGAUUUUUUCUUCAAAGGUUGUAGUAGAGAAGUCAAACUGAGACACUAAACUAUACGAAGUGUUCAUUUUGAAGUACAUUUGGUAUUAUACACUAUGUAAUUCUCUAUGAUACUGAAUUUUGUAAACACUUAAGACAUAUUGUCCGAUAUUUUUUAUUUUAAACAGCAGGGCUAUAUAAGUGGAUUUUUCAGGCUCUAACAUUCCCUUUCUGUUCAAUGUUCAAUCUCCUCUCGCUCUCACUCUCUCACUCUGCUGUGAGCGGGCUUUUGAAGAAGAGCAAAUUGAAUGGUACUCUAAUAUUAGCAUCAUCAAGGAUCUUCACACUUUAAUAAAUUACAAAGGACCAUCAGUUAGUCCUUUGUAACUGCUGUCUUCUUUAGAUGGCUGACGGAUAUAACUCUUUGAACACUGCCUUUUAUAUGCAGAGCCACAGCAUAUUUUAGACCGCUUUUAACAGGGAUUGGCUGUUUGCAGUUGCGACACGACGGAAAGAAGCAUUACCUUAAAAACGUCCAAAAAAAAAAAACAAAACAAAAAAAAAGUCUGCUGACACCCAUAAGAUCAGGUUUAGGGUAGAGUUUUGCUGUUGCCACUGGAUGACUGCUACCAAGUCUGUUUGACCUGCAUACUGAACCUCACAUACCCACGAGGAAAUCUGUCUGUGCCUCAAAAUAAACUUGUGAUGCUCUAGAGUGUGAAAGAGCGAGAGAAGGAUGGUGCAACGGAUGGAAAAGAAGAGAAACUAGGAAAUGAGAAACCACACUUCCUUCAUUUGGGAUUUAAGCUACAAUAUCUGAAUGUUUAUGAGCUCAUGAGGCUCAUUUGAGGUUGUCACGAGUGUCUCAUUAAAGCAACUCUGUGGAGUGAUUAUACAGGA